UUGUUUUUGAUUUUGAAAGUUUGCAAACAGUUAAUCCGUUGACAAUCCACAUGAUUUAUUUUUUAAUUACCACUUGUUUUAAUCGUUUUAAAAUUGAAAUGGAAAGUUGCUAAUAAUAGUAAAUUAUAAUUGAUUAUUGGCUAAAUGAAUUGAGCAACUGAUAAUGAGUAUCAAGUAUAAAAACCAUAGAAUUAAAAAUCGGACAACAUAACCCCAAAAUAACAAAGAAGACCCUGCGCCGAAAUAAUAUGGGUGACUUGAACGGUUUCGCUUAAGUGGGUCAAAGUGGAAGCCGGAAGAAAAAAAGAAAGAAGAGAAAGAAAAAACACCUGGUGAAAAAAGUGACAAAAAAAGGAAAAUAAAUUUUAAAUUUCUUUUUUUAAUUUUAAUGAAAAAAGAAGAAGAAAAAAAAGGAAUUGAAAAUAAAAAAAAUGAUUGAAGAAAGUGUGUGUAUGUGGUGUACGUUGGUGCUACGAUUGACGCAGUGAUUUGAUUGAAAUGGCGGUACAUUUUACCGGUACAUCAUCAGUAGUUUUUUUUUGAUGAAAUUUAAUUCAAAUGGCGGAAUUAAAAUUUUUUCUCACACUGACGAUCAUCAAAAUCGUUGGUGUAUUAUCAAUACAAAAUGAUCCAACACUAUCAAAAUCAUGGCUGGAAAGUACAAUUCUUAGUGCAAGUGCAUUUACAGGUGCUGAAAGAACUUCAAGUGAUUCGAAAAAUAUUGAAUCAUUAAAUGUUCAAAGAACACUUCCGGCUUUUCAAUUGGAAAGCUCAAAAAGUGUCAUUGAUUUAGAUCUAGAGGAAACACGUCAUGUUAAAAAAGAUUUAAGUACAUCGGAACCAAUUGAUGUUUUAACAUCAUCGAAAUUUGUUAAUCACAUCGAUGGUAAUAAUAUUGAAGUAAAACCCGGCGAUUACUAUCCAUCAUCGACAAUUAAUUUGUCGGGGGAAGGACUGAGGGCUUCGCAGGAACAAAAUCCCCUGGCGAAGCCCGAACCGAUUGGACCCGAGAAACAACAAGCACAUCAUAUAAAAGAGAGAAAACCGCGUCUAGAAUCGUCGAGGAAUUAUAAUGAUCACGCUCCUCCGCCUAUUAUUAAAACCUCAGCCUCAGGACAAAGGCAAGCGAAUCCAGAUAUUCAGGAUAUUAUAACAGGCAUUGUCAAACUUCUUAAUGGAAACGUCAAUGUCGCUGUUAAUACGGCGAAACCUAUUAAACCCACCAGUUUCCAUUCUAGAAUAAAUAAUCGAGGACCGCCGAGAAUUUCCGAUAUGGCACCAUUGCCACCUGAUUUUAACACACCAGGUAUGAAUCCUCCACCUUUGCCACCACCACAAUCGGAGCCGCCGUAUCCAUUUGAAACGCCUCCACCUCCAAUUACACCGUCAAAAAAUCAACUCCUCCCGGAAAUGCCAAUGAGGCCUUUUAUAACUGGAGUUCCGCUUCCAGAAUCAAUUGUUCCUCAGGAGCGACCUUGGCAACGACCCUUUAAUCGACCUGGCAAUAAUCGUCGACCAAUUCCACCAUACAAACCACUACCAACGCAAUCAUCAUUUCAUAAAGAAAAACCCCCAAAAAUUGAUCAUCAAAUUUCUGAACACAGUUCAAUAAAUAAAGUUGAUCAAGAAACUACGACAAAUUCACAAUUUUUCCUAACUGAUAAUUAUCAAUCAACAACUGAAAUUAUUGAAUUGAAACCAAAUCAACUUAUAACAACGGAAAAAACAUUAAAGGAUGAAUCAAUGAAUAAAUCGCAAGCAAUUUUUAUUUCUAAUCAAACAAAUGGAAUUGUUUCCGAUACACUUUUACCAAAACCAGUUAUACCAUUGGAAACAGAAUCGCCUCUUGUUUUACAUUCAAAUGAUUUUAUACAAACUAAUUCUGAUAAUAAUGGUGUAAUACCAUCGAUUAGUCCAGAAACAACAACAACAACAACACAACCAAUAUUUCAAACAACUUUAAAUAUUGAAACAAGUUCAUCGAUACAACUUAUUGAAAAUACACAAAUUAUCACCGAUUUACAUCCAACAAUUAUUCCAUUGGAGGAACAUGGUAAAUUUUCAACAAUUAUACCAUCGAUAUUGAAUCUCGAACCAAGUAGAAUUAUUGAUGAGGAUGUUGAAAUUAAAUCAACAUCUACAAUUCCAACUGAGAAAUUGACAAAUUCUGUUACAAAAAUGGAAUUACCUUUUAGAUCCAACGUUCAUCCACUUUAUUCCGCAACGAAUUUCUAUUCAAAACAUCCAAUUGCAACAGAUCAUUAUCGUCCUCGACCUGGAAUUGUUCUGGACGAUACACUCGAUUACGCAGCCACACAAAGACCUUAUGGACCACCAAGACAUCCUCAAAGUCAUGAAACUUUUGAUGUUGUAGUUUCUGCCAUUCAAGGUCCUGGUGGUAGUUCUGGAGAAUCUGUACGAGUACCAAUUAAUGGUAUUAAUAAUGAAGUAAUUUUAACAUCAGCUGUAGAGGGUCAAGGAUUCGUUAGUAUUGAUGGUAAAAGGACGUAUUUAAAUUUAUUUGAAAGCACAAGUCAAAAUGUAGGAAGUAGUAAACCAUCAUUCCCGGCAACUAGAACACAAGCGCCACCACUUGUUGGAGCUGGAUUUGCUGUAGCACAGGAGGAAAUUGUAGCGACUCCUCGACCUGUGACACAAGUUAGACGACCAACUUUCCAUCGAAGACCAUCACAACCACCUGUUCGAAUUGAUACUUGUAUUGUUGGCGAUUCAAGUACAUGUGACGCUAGUCAACAUGAAGCCUGUGCAACUGUUCAGGGUGUUUCGGCCUGUCACUGUAAACCAGGAUUUGCAAGACUUCAACAUUCACUUCCUUGUAAAAAAAUCGUGAGCAUUGUUGUCUCGAUUAGAGUAGACAAAAUUUAUGACAAGAAAGUAGUUUGGGAUAGGGAAUUGAAAGAAAAAGAUUCCGAGUCUUAUCAAUUGCUCGCUCAUGAGGCAAAUAGAGCCAUUGAAUCAGCAAUGUCGAUGACUCCAUUUUCUGACGAGUAUGUUGUUUCGUUAAUAAACAAUGUUUAUCAGGGUGAUGUGAGUCAGGGUCAAGGUGGCGUUUUUGUGAAUGCAACACUAAAACUUGCUCACGAAUCAAGAACAUCGAGAUCAAGUCUCGCUGGAGAACUUCAACGACAUCUUCUUGGUGUUAUACAAAGAAGAAAUAAUAAUAUUGGAAGUAGUGCACUCUACGUUGAAAGUCCAGCGGGUUCAAUUUCUAAUUUACAAGAUUUGGAUGAAUGUGCAUCGAGUGAAUUAAAUGAUUGUCAUUCGUCAGCGACUUGUACAAAUAAUUGGGGUAGUUUCACUUGUACUUGCGCUUCAGGAUUUAGAGAUCCGCAUAAAAAUGAUCCCGCUGAUGCUGGACGAGUUUGCCUCUCAUGUCCGUCUUCACAUUGUAAUAAUAGAGGCACAUGCUCGUAUCAAAACGAUCAAAUGCAAUGCUCAUGUACGGGAAAUUAUUAUGGAGCACAAUGUGAAGUUGAUGGAGAGGUUUUAGCGGUUGCAAUUGGAGCUUCUGUUGCUGCGUUAAUUAUCAUAAUUUUAACACUUGUGUGUCUCGUAAUGUGGAGUCGACGAUGGUCCCGAGAACAAAAAGCAAUGGGUUCUCCAGUUUAUGGUUACAUGCAAGGAGGUAUUCCAGGAACUUUACCAACGCGAGUGGGUUCCGUUGGAACAUUAGCUUCGGUAAAACAAGGACCACCUCCAAAUAUGCCUUCAUAUUAUUGGGGACACUUGGCGACAAUGACUGAUCACAUGACACCUGCUAAUUUAUAUGCGACUGAACCGAUGGGACCAACACGACCAAGUUCAGCUGUUUUUGGAUAUCCAACAUUAAGCGUUCAAGGAACUUUACCGCCGGUUCCAUUGCCACGUUUACAAGCACCGCCUCGGUCUCGACGUAGACAACAACCUGAGCCCGAUAGUUCCGAUUCUGAACCUCAGGACAAGGACCGAGCUGAUUUAAUUCCUCAAAGCAGUGGCUUUCACAUGCCUAGACCAAAGUCUAGAACUUCAGUAGCAAAUCAAAGUGGAAUUUAUUAUGACGUGGAAUAUGAUCAAGGCGAUGCUCAUCAUUUAUCAAAGAAUAAUAUUCCAUUGUCCACGUAUAGUAUGGCAAGGCCGUACUAUAGAACUUGAAAGAUCAAAUAUUAAACACUAGUUUAUUCUCAAUUUUCCGGAGCUAACUUCAAAAAAGGGAGUUUUUAGUCUUCUGAUGCUGUAAGCAAAUAUAUACAGUCAUAUACAGUUAAGUCCAUUUGAUUCUUUUUUUUUUUUUUUUAAUUUUUUUGUAAUAAAAAUUUGAAUCUUCCAUUUUUAAAAAUAUAAAAAUAUUUCAAAAAAGUAUUUUACAAUAGCUUUAAUAUUUGUUUUUUUUUUUUUUAAUACUAAAAGUUGAAUACUUUUUUGAAAAUAUUUUAGGAUGAGAAAUGUAUACUUAAAAUUAUAAAAAUUUUAGUAUAUAUAAUUAAAAAACUCGGUUUUUAGAAAUAUUUUUGUACAAAUGCACUAGACUGUAUAAAUUCCUAUUAAGAAAGUGUUAAACUAAAUUAAAAUGAUAAAAUAUUGUUAAAAUUGAAAAAUAUGAAAAGAUUUGAUUUAUUCAAUUUUAUAAAUGCUUUUUAAUUCAUUUAAAUUCAGAUCAACGCUUUCUUAAUUUGAUAAUCGAGUAU